UAUAUUAGCUGUUUACAUUGUAUCACAUUAUUUUUUUGAAUGUAUUUAAAAAUUUAAAAGAGAGUAUACCCACGUAAACGCCCCAAUACACGACUAAUUGUAUUGAAAGUAAUGUCUGAAUCUCAAGAAUGGUUUGCAUUUCUAUCAUAUGGCGUUGGACAUGUGCUCAAUGACUUAGUUGCAUCGAUGUGGUUUACUUAUGCCUUGAUAUUCUACCAUUAUGUCCUACGGUUAUCCAACAUCAAAUCCGGAACUGUGAUACUUGUUGGACAACUAACAGACGCUAUAGCUACUGCAAUUAUUGGUAUGCUGUCAGACAAUGUGAGUUUUGGUUUUAUUGAUCGAUAUGGACGACGCAAAUUAUGGCAUCUAUUUGGUAGCAUUUUAAUGUUUAUCGGUUUGCCUUUUGCAUUUUUGCCACCAAUAUGGUCUCAAUUUGAAUCGUCGGAGAAAGACAUGUGCUUGUAUUAUUGUUUUUUCGUUGUAUUAUUCCAAAUCGGCUGGGCUUCCAUUGAAAAUUCACAUAUGGCAUUAGCUUCUGACUUAACAACGAAUAGAGAUAAGAGGACUGCUUUAUUGUCGAUAAGGUACAGUUUUACUGUAUUCUCAAAUAUCUUAGUGUACGUUGUCACCUGGAUUGUACUCAGAAGUAGUCAUUCAACUGAAGCUCAAUUUGGUCCUACGGAUAGAAAAGGAUUUCAGGUUGCUUUAUUAAUAAUAACAAUUGUUGGCACUAUGACCACUAUCAUAUUUCAUAUUGGUGUACAUGAACCAUCCAUGACCAACAGAAGUAGAGAACUCUCAAUAACCGGAACUGAAACUGAAAAAGAUGCUGAUAGAAUUUGGUCUAUAUUUAAAUGUUUCACUUUGUACCAAACAGCUGUUGUAUACAUGUGUUCUCGAAUUUUUGUUAAUAUGACAUUGGUGAGGUUUUACAUUUUGAGAAAUUGUCAUGUUUUUUUUUCUACUUAUCUCUAUAAAAAUAAGGUGUUUCUACCAAUGUACUUGCACGGAUACCUAAAAUUAGACGCAGCCAAAUUAGCAUUAUUACCACUGAUGAUGUUCUUAAGUAGUUUUGGUAUGUCUCUAAUGAUCAAAACAAUGAACAUGAAGCUUGGUAGGAAAUACACUUAUACAGUUGGAGUUUUACUAUCUCUGUGCUCUGCAUUUUGGUGUUAUUUAGGAAAUGGCUUUACAUAUGCUUAUUAUUACGUGUAUAUAGUAACUAUAAUUAUUGGUAACUUAAAUAUGAAGUAGAUUAUUUAAAAAAACAUUAGUGCAAUCUCAUAAAGUAUAUUUUCUCAGGUGUAGCGUGUUCAAUAUUAUUGGUUACUAGCCAAGCACUCACAACAGAUUUUAUCGGUGAUCAGACUCAUCGAGGUGCGUGUACAUUUGGGCUUAUGAGUUUUCUAGACAAGACGUGCAAUGGCGCCGUAGUGAUAGUAGUGCAAGCAUUAAAUAGUCAAAACUCUAAAACAUAUUAUCGUGAUGUUAUGAUUUGCAUCUGGACUAUACCAGCUUGUCUAGGAUUCAUCACGGUUAUUUGUUUACCUUAUGGAGGUUAUCCAAAUUCAUC